AUGGAGGACUUUCUCAUCUCCGCCGGCACAAAGCUGGGAAUCUCGGCCAUCAAAGCCUUUGGAGGAGGCGGUGGCAGCGCGGCCGGUGCAGCACUCGGCGCCAUCGCAGGCGCCUUUGACGAAGAUGGCGGCGAUGAUAUUGGCGGGGACUCCGUAGAUUUUGGAGGAGGGGAAGAUACAGGCGGCUUCGAAAACGAUGAUGGUGGUGGAGGAGAAGAAUACACCGAAGAAUACACUGGCGAAGAAUACUACGACGAAUCCACGGAUACUACCGCACUUGACGGUGGGUACUACGAAGAAGAACCUUCUACUUAUGGCGCCUACGAUGAGUCCGGAUACGAAGAAGGUUACAACGAUGACGGAACCUAUACAGACGAGUAUGGGGUCACGUACGACGAGAACGGUUAUUUAAUAGAUGAUGGCAGUGGAUAUGAUUAUUCCACUGAGGAAGGGGCAUUCAACCAGACGACCUCGCCGUCUGGAGAAGCAGCGACUUAUGGGGAGGGUUAUACUUAUGUGGAACAAGAGGGGGAACAUGCACACGAACACAGCCAUAUCCAUGAUCAUCAUCCUAAACAUCGCGGGCUAGGAACAGGUCUAGCACUUGGUGGAGCCGCAGUUGCGGGUGCCGCUGUGCUCGGAGGGGUCGCAUUGGCCGCUAGGAAGGCUCGAGGGAGGGGGAGAGGCGGCGCGCUUGCAGGAAGAGGUCGAGGGGCUACCACCAUUGGAUGCCCUCCAUGGGCUCGAGGAGGAGCUGCUCCUCCUCACAGAGGAAGAGGGCGACCUCAAAGCUUCUCCGGCCAAGGAGGAGUUCGACCGCCAUUGCAGCAUUCAGCGACUGCCCCUGCGGGUGUGAUGCACGGUGGAGGAUUCCGAGGUCGAGGAGGAGCACCUCGGGGUAGGGGUAGGGGCAGAGGCAGAGGUACCCCACUCGCCCAUCAAAAUUCAUUCCCUGUGGCAGCUCGAGGUAGGGGUGCAGUACGAGCUCGAGGAGUCGCCCAUGGUGCCCAUCCGGGUGCAGGUAGAGGGGUCGUCAGUCCGACAAAGCUGGAUGUAUACGGUGGUCCUCCAGGCGCUCUCCCGACUGCCCUCGGCCAGCCGCCAUGUCAGCCGCAAGUCCUAGGAUUCAAUGGUAUCAUUACACCGCAAAGCACAGGCUAUGUUGCAAAUGGUUUUCAAGAAACAUUGGGCGCCCCUCCGCCAUAUACCCCAGCGGUAUCGAACGCCUUCGUCCCCGCACCUGCGCCCGCGCCUGUUCCUGCACCUGCACCUGCACCGAAGCCAGUGGCCAAUCCUGCCCAGCUUGACCAAAUGUCAAAAAGGAAACUCGCAGCCCUUCAGCAGAUCCAGCGAAGAGAGAAGGACAGGAUCGAGGCGAAAAGGAGAGAAGAGGAAGAAGACCGCAAGAGGCUCGAGGCAGCACAGGGCGGAGAGAAAACCCCCUCUCAAGAGCAGGCCGAGCCAAAGGUUCAAAUCAACUUGCCACCAGGCGUCAAGCCUGCUUCCACUCUCUUGGAUACCAAAAAGCCGGAAUUGAUCAACCCACCGCAAGAAUUGCCGCCAAAUGUCAGCCAAAAUGGAAUCGGUCGCUCGAAUUCUAUACUGGCGCCGCAAGCUCUCGAGACUCCAGCGCCGGUGAGUUAUCCAAAUACUAAUCCCGGGCCGCAAGCGCCUUUUCCUCCUCCUGCUCCUGCUCCUGUCCGAAUUCAUGUACCGGUACCUGGAAAUCUUCUUGAGAUGGACGGAGGUCAAUACGUGCAGCCAACCGCUCCCUUAAGUUCACCGGCGCCAGUUUCGUAUCCCCAGAGCCCACCCGUCAACACCCCUUCUGGGAAUCCCCAAAACCAGGCCCAGCAACCUGGUUCGAACAGAUGGAGUGCUGUAGAGCUUGGGAACACCCAAUACAAUCCUAACCAGCAGCAGCAGCAGCAGCAGCAGCAACCUACUAGCCAGGGGCCUCACAGAACGCUAUCGAUGUUACAGCGCUUCCCUUCUAGGAAGCCAAUCCAACAGCAGCAGCGUCCGGUUUCAAUGAUGAUCCCUCCGUCUCAUGCUCAAAAUAUGUUGAACAAUGGGUUCAACCAGAAGCCUAGCAAGAAUCAACAAAGUUUUCACUAUCCGCAUGAACAUGAUCGUGACCGUCAACAGGCACAAAAUCAGGCGACCCCACAAAUCUACCCUCACAAUGCUCCAAAGGAGCUAAAGAAGGAGCAACAAAAGGAGGAGGUAGAGGAAGAGGGCUGGAGGCCACCGCCUCUUAAAGUUGUUCAACGGCGAAAGUUCAACUCAGGAGAGCCAGAUCCACUGCCACAAGUCGGGAAGUUGUCUGAGAAUACUUCCGCGGGGACCGCGACUCCUCAUGAGACUUCGGCAUUUAUACCCCCGCCUCCACCUCCACUGCCAUUCGACCAAGUUCCGCCGCCACCGACUCUCCCCAGUGAGAAUGCACAACAGGCACGACCUCCAAUUAAUCCCAUCGAGAAUGCACAGCAGGCACCAUCACUAUCCCUACCUAUCAGGAACUCACUUCAGACAAAAGCGUCGAAUGAGAAUGUACAGCCGGCAAAUACCCCAUCUUUGCCUUCUGAAAAUGUUCAACAGGCACAUAUUCCAUCUGGGACUACUGAAACGACCCAGCAGGUGUAUUUGCCGCAAGGGCCUACGGAAACGACACAGCUGUCGCAACAAACCACGGGCGCAAUUGAGAACUUUAAUGCUCAAUCUUCACCGCCCAAAUCCUCAGUUGAACAUCAUGAGCUCGUUGAAACUCCCAAGGCAGAAACCCCGAAAGGUUACUAUGAAAACUUUGCUCCAGGGGUCGAUAUUCCAGGCCUUACAGUCCGCAAAGGCUCCCUUCCUGCAUCUCUUCCCUCUCAAUUGCAUCAAGAGACUACAUAUGCCCCCCACCCUCAGUUCCAGAACCAGCAAACAGGCCACCACAGCACCACUAUGAAUCAAGCUGCCCACCACAGCACCCACGCAAACACUGUUAUCGAUGCCCCUCGAUUUUCCCAUGAAACUUCUACUCCGACAGCGCAUAAGCAAUUCCAUAACUUUCCGAGCCCGCAACGCCAGCAGAAUAUGAAUGGUAACCCACAGAACUACCCAAUACCUCCCCAACAACCCCUCCUCCAGCAUUCGAACACUUUCCCUGCUGUAGUAAAUCCCAAUCCCACACAACUAGCCUACAACAGCGAUUUUAAUAACUACCCUCGUCCACCGGUCGCACCUCAGCCUUUCAAUAACAACUUUCAAAAUAUAUCCCAGCCUCCAUCACAUAUAAUGGAAAUGCCUGGGUCCACUGGUUUUGCACCAGUUGGCGGAGCACAGUCGCCUUAUGAUAUGAACCCAAUGAUCGCAGAGCUGCCGGAGAUCCCGAGGGCUAUGCAAGGAGUCCAGAGAGUAGAUGAUGCAGAGUACUUAAAUCGUAGUGAAGGAAUUAAUUAUGAAACCAAUGGUCAGAAAGAGGAUGAGAGAAAGAAGCAAGAACAACCACAAGAAGAUGAGAUCAAAAUGAGCGCCAAUAGUUGGGGUUUCGGCUGGGACCGGUUUUAG